CCACGCCGUACCACUUCGAUCUCCGUGCAACAUGGCAGGUAUUGGAGCAAUCGCAUCCCUGUCUGGCAUCCUGGCGGCAGGGAUCCUAACGUAUCUCUUCUACAACUGGUACCGCUUAUCGCACAUCCCAGGUCCAUUCUGGCCCUCGCUGUCGAAGUACUGGCUGGUUCAGCAAUCAUUGAAAGGCCAGAUGCACAGUGCAUUGAAAGAAGUCACAGAUGAAUACGGUUCUUUGGCACGAGUUGGGCCAAAUGAUUUGGUCACGAAUGACCCUGAUAUAUUGCGCAAGAUGAUGGCGGUUCGUUCGCCGUAUACUCGAGGUCCUUGGUACGAUGCCAUGAGGUUGGACCCAGCAAGAAAUAAUCUCCUGUCUUUGCGCGACGAGGAAGCGCAUACUAAUCUGAGGAACAAAAUGGCUGCAGGAUACUCAGGAAAAGAAAACAGUUCAAUGGAGGGAACCAUCGACAAGCAAAUUCAGAACUUGAUAAAUUUGAUUGAGCGGAAAUACCUAUCAACUAACAAAAAAUCCGAACCCAUGGAUCUCGGGCAGAAAGGGCAGUUCUUUACAUUGGAUGUCAUCAGUGAUCUGGCGUUCGGAAAAGCACUCGGAUUUUUGGAUAAGGACGAAGACGUCUUUGAGUAUAUCAAGAUCACGGAGCAGUAUAUUCCUGCGAUGCUGGUGAUGGCAAACAUUCCAUGGCUGGCGAGACUCACCCAUACUCGUCUGUUCCGAAGUUUGUUGCCGAAUGAGGCCGAUAAAUUGGGCUUUGGAGCUUUCAUCGGAGUUGCAAAACAGAUCACGAGGGAUCGGUUCCAACCUGGUGCCGAGCCACAGAAAGACAUGAUGGGAUCAUUUAUCCGACACGGCCUCACUCAAGAGGAAGUGGCAGGCGAAACCCUCCUUCAAGUCAUUGCCGGAAGCGAUACAUCGGCGGCAACAAUUCGAGUAGUACUACUCAAUUUAAUGAGUUCUCCUCCAUGCUACCGAAAGUUACAAGAAGAGAUAGACAGCGCAAUAAAGACUGGCAAGAUCUCUUCACCAAUCACGGAUAGUGAAGCGAAACAGCUACCAUUUCUGCAAGCAGUGAUCAAAGAGGGUCUUCGAAUCACACCACCAGCGACGGGGAUCUUCAACAAGACAGUACCAAAAGGUGGUGAUGUGUUGAAUGGUAUAUUUGUCCCUGAAGGGACGCAGAUCGGAUCCUCAUUUUAUGGAGUUCAUCACUCGAAGAAAAUCUUCGGAGAAGACGCAGAUUUGUUCAGGCCGGAGAGGUGGCUCGAAGCCGAGGGAGAUACACUCGCUACCAUGAUGAGCACUAGUGAUUUGAUAUUUCAUUACGGGAAGUACCAAUGUCUUGGAAAGCCUGUUGCUCUUAUGGAACUGAAUAAGAUAUACGUUGAGCUACUGCGAUCAUUUGACUUUGCGAUCGUGAAUGUCAAUCAGCCUGCGAAGUUCCUCAAUGCGGGCAUAUGGAUCAUCACUGACUUUUGGGUAAGGGUCACUAGGAGAGAGGAGUCUCCGUGACACGGUCCUGAUGGAACGGAUGGCCUUCAACCUUGCAGAGCCGACCUAGAGCCCGAGAGCCUAGCUUCAUUUUGGAAUUGAGGGAGUAUUUUGCAUCGCUUUAGAGACGUAUG